CCGUUCCGUUCCUUCCCACCCCCGUAACCAAAGUUCCCCUUCUCUCCUCCUCGCCUCGUCGUCCUCCUCGGAUCAUUCGCGAUCAAUCCGCCCCGAUCCACCCCAGGGGAUAGACAGAAUCGCCCCCCGCGCCGCCGCCCCCAAGGGAUCGGAGAUGUCGUACGCCUACCUCUUCAAGUACAUCAUCAUCGGCGACACAGGCGUCGGGAAGUCGUGCCUGCUGCUGCAGUUCACGGACAAGAGGUUCCAGCCCGUGCACGACCUCACCAUCGGCGUCGAGUUCGGCGCCCGCAUGAUCACCAUCGACAACAAGCCCAUCAAGCUCCAGAUUUGGGACACGGCUGGUCAAGAAUCAUUCAGAUCUAUAACCAGAUCAUACUACAGGGGGGCUGCUGGUGCCCUAUUGGUGUAUGAUAUCACCAGGAGGGAAACUUUUAACCAUCUUGCUAGCUGGCUAGAAGAUGCAAGACAGCAUGCAAAUGCCAACAUGACAGUAAUGCUCAUUGGUAACAAAUGUGAUCUGUCGCAUAGACGUGCUGUCAGCUAUGAGGAAGGUGAACAAUUUGCCAAGGAGCAUGGCCUAGUAUUUAUGGAGGCAUCCGCAAAAACUGCACAAAAUGUUGAGGAGGCAUUCAUCAAGACUGCUGGAACAAUAUACAAGAAAAUCCAAGAUGGUGUCUUUGAUGUAUCUAAUGAGUCUUAUGGGAUCAAAGUUGGCUAUGCGGUCCCAAAUGCUUCAGGUGGUGGAGCUGGCUCAUCCUCUCAAGGUGGUGGCUGCUGCAGCUAAAUGCAACAGGAACAUCCAACUAGUCAUUUCAUGUAUCCAUCCUAAAUGGAGAAGUCGAAUGAUGUAUAACAUGGCCCUCAAUAUUUCGAUGUUGCCUUGUGGGAAAAAAAAAUAGCUGGGAUUGGUACUGUGUUUUUUACUCCUUCCAGCUACCGACGUUCGUGUUACUGUGUUAGUGCACAAAAUGUUCAUCCAUGGUAGUUGUGUCUACAUUGCAGUCUCUGUAAAGUUAAACGUUCACGAUUUCUGUACCUUUGCAUGUGUAUCUAAAUGAAAUGGUGUGUGACAUUCAUUCCUUCAAUCAAAUAAUAGUUCAUAG